UCUCAAAAACAUGAGAAAAACAAAAAACACACAUAUGCUGAAUGUUGUUCAUUGGCCAGGGCUAGGUAACUAUUUCUUAUUUAAUUAGACAACCAAAGCCAAAAGAGUCAGUCACCAAAAGACAAUGGCAACAACGUUCAAGUCUCUUGUUUCCAUCCUCUUUCUUACCCUUAUCAUCAAAGGGUCUGAUAACUGUUCCUUGAACAACAUCAAUAUUGGGACAACAAGAAGUGGGAGACAAAUUCAGGGUAUGCCUGAGUGGAACGUGACUGUGAUCAACAACUGUUCCUGUGAACAAAGCCAGAUUCGGUUGGCUUGUAAAGGGUUUCAGACUACAGAAGGUGUUAAUCCUUCAAUUCUUUCUAUGAAAGGUGAUAGCUGUCUCCUUAUCAAUGGAAAUCCAUUGCAGGCUUUUGCUACUGUUAGCUUUUCCUAUGCCUGGGAUCCUCCCUUUCUGCUUUUGCCAACAAACUCUGUUUUAGGUAAUUGUUCAUAAGGAUUUACUUCGAAAAAAUAAAAGCUUUGAAUUUAAAGUUUGAUGUGGAUUUCACUGGAUAUGCAUAACAUAUUAGGCACACUUUGGACUUUCUUGAUUUUAAAAAAAUUUAUAUUU